UAUUGCCAUGGCUCUGUUCCAUGGGAAGUUCAUAGACACGGGGUUUUCUUUGCCAUUCUAUAAGCAUAUCUUGAACAAACCAGUUGGGCUCAAGGAUUUAGAAUCUAUUGAUCCAGAAUUUUAUAAUUCUCUCAUCUGGGUGAAAGAAAAUAAUAUUGAGGAAUGUGGUUUGGAAAUGUACUUCUCUGUCGACAAAGAAAUAUUAGGUGAAAUCAAGAGCCAUGCUUUGAAACCCAAUGGCAGCAAUAUUCUUGUAACAGAAGAAAAUAAAGAGGAAUAUAUCAGAAUGGUAGCUGAAUGGAGGUUGUCUCGAGAUGUUGAAGAACAGACACAAGCUUUCUUUGAGGGUUUUAAUGAAAUUCUUCCCCAGCAGUAUUUGCAGUACUUUGAUGCAAAGGAACUAGAGGUCCUUUCAUGUGGAAUGCAAGAGAUUGAUUUGAAUGACUGGCAAAGACAUGCUAUCUACCGUCAUUACGCUAGGACAAGCAAACAAAUAAUGUGAUUUUGGCAGUUCGUUAAAGAAAUUGAUAAUGAGAAGAGAAUGAGACUUCUGCAAUUUGUUACUGGAACUUGCCGAUUGCCAGUUGGAGGAUUUGCUGACCUCAUGGGGAGUAAUGGACCACAGAAAUUCUGCAUUGAAAAAGUUGGGAAAGAAAAUUGGUUACCCCGAAGUCAUACUUCUG